GCUUAAAUAAAAAUCUACGUUUUGCAUUUUAGGUUAAGCCGGGAUUGACAGUAUUUUGCAUAGCAAAUAUUUUAUUAAUUAUAUCGAUUAAUUGAUUUUUUACGUCAGCAGAAAAAAAUGGUCGUUUAUUUCUCUGACAGCCCCCCUACGAGCGGAAUUAUGUACAAUGAAGAGAACACGACGUUAAGGGUGAACCAUGCCCCUGUUGGAUGUGGGACUGUCUAUCUAACAGAAACAACAUUAUGCUGGUUCAAUACAACUCAGAAUCGAGGUUUCUCUAUUCCAUGGAAAAAUGUUAUCAUGCACGCAAUAACAUCUACACCUGAUGCAGCAAUAUAUAUGCAAGUCGAUUUUAAAUUUUCUUGGGAAAAUGCGACAAACGAAAAUAAUGAAAAUGGUGAAUCAGAAGACGACGAGCCUAUCAUGACUGAGAUGUGGCUGUUGCCUGAAAAUAAAGAUAAUCUGAAUCAAAUAUAUCAGAUUAUGAAUGAAUGUCAAAUUAUGAAUCCUGAUGAAGAGAACAAAGAUGACAGUGGUGGAGAUAGUGAUUUUGAGGAAUGGCAUGAGAACGGAGGAGGUGAUAUAGAACGAUUGUCCAUAAAUGAUCCAGAUGAUCUUGAUGAUGAUGGACAAUUUGAAGAUGCUGAAUAAUUUAGAAUAACUAU